AUGCAGUGCGCGAGGAGCGUGUCAGUAGCACUCUCGUCGGAGUUUUUCGCCGAGGCCGUUUGGGUUAAAACGACGGCGACAGAGGCGAAAGAUGGCCGCAAAACGAAUUGGCACGCCGGAAGUUGCGCGCCUUUCACGUUGCUCCGUUUUGCAAGCAGUCGUUUUAAACUUUGAUGAGAUAAGAUUUGUCCUGUACUCCAUUGAUUUUGAAUUCACAAGUUCAGAAGGCCAUGCUCGGGAAGUCGGCUUAAAGGGAUAGGCUCAAAAAGCGUGCUGAAAAGCAGCAAAAAGAGUUCCUUUAUCGAACCUUGAAUCUUUUUUAGUUUUUUAAAGGCUCAAGAAAUAGUGAAAAAAGUGAGAAGCAACAAAAAAGGUGCAUAAAAGCCGAUAAAAUGGCAUAAGGGGCUGAAAAAAUAAGCCUUUUUCACCCUUUCCAAUUUUGCCCAUGAAAUGUGAUCAAGAAUAAAAUCUUCUGCUUUUCUAUAGUUUUAUAAUUUUGGAGAAACCCUAGUUGGGAAAUAAUCCAAUCAGUCUUAUCAGUUCAGUGAAUGCCACAAAUUAGUUUCCGACUAUUCAAUCUUAACGGCGUCUUGCGUCAGCAUUAUUAAAGUCCUUUUUCGAAAAAAAAAUAGUCCAUUAUUCAGACGGCCUGAAAACUAACUGCAGCGACCACUGAGCCGCAUUCCCAUAAACUAAACUGGAAGGCUGCAUCAGCGAUAAAUGUUUUGCCAUCCCACACUCGGCACAAAUCCUUUCUCCAUCCAAAGCUCGAGGGAAAAGGAGUGAAAGUAGAAGAAGAAGAGGAAGAAGAAGAAGAAGAAGAAGAAGAAGAAGAAGAAGAAGAAGAAGAAGAAGAAGAAGCGGGACACAAUGCAAUGCUUUCCAGCGGUAACCCUAGACGCCCCGUAUUCAGCAAACGUUUGCGUUUGCAUUCAUUGGACGCAACUUUCGAGGAAGCGCCUCUUUCUCUUGUUUUGGCUCCCACCAGACUCCUAAACAAUUUCGACGACGUCGCUGCUCUUUACUCUUUGCCGCCGUCUCAGCAUUGUUUGUAG